GUUUCUGAAAUUCUGUUGUUGCUUGACAUGUUGGCAAGGAGGAUUUGACAUGAGCAGAAUCCUCCUUGUCGUUAUUCUAGCAAAGUGGUUGGACCAACUAACCGAAACAGUAUUUUCUUGAGUCUAACACCUAACAUAUCAACUAUUGCACUGAUGUAGACCUUUACCCUGACCUGGGGUAUCAGUGUCCACUAACACCAAAUGGACUGAUGCAACUAAGCUUCAAGCAGGUAUCUCUUUAGGUUUCACAAUUUAGUUCUUCUGAUUUUUUUUGUUCAUAAUGCUCUGUUUUCUUUAGGUGUGUCGAACUGUUACGAUUUCUGAAAAGGUGAAGAAGAAUAUAAUCAGAGAAGCAUCUCAGGAAGUAUCAUUGCUACGUUGGCUUGUGAGGACAUCAGCGUUGCAAGAUGGCGAGUGAGAAGAAAAUAAUCAGCCUUACUGUCAAAGUUGGAUUGGUGCUGUUUGCAGUAUGCAUUCUUGCGCCGGUUUCGCUCAUGGUGCUGCUCAGGCACACAGUUCCUCUGCAGACAUUGAGGUUGCUGUUUUCAGCUGGUCCAACAUCUUCAGUGAUGUGGGAAGAAGAAAAGAUGGACUCUGCUAACGAAGGGGAGCAGCUGCUGUGUGAGUGUGACAUGUCGAACCUAAGAUCAGAUGUAUGCGAGCUCAAGGGCGAUGUUCGGGUAAUCCUCUCCAACAUCACCAUCAUUGCCCUCGUCCACCCCUCUGCCUCUCUGAGGCGCCGGUCACGGAGGAUGAAGCCGCACGCGAGGAAGAAGGAUGGCCACGUGCUCGCCAGCGUCACAGACGUGUUGGUGUCGGUCACCCCUUCAUCGCCUCACGUUCCGGGAUGCAUGGCCGAGAGCGCCGCCCCCGCGGUGGUCUUCUCGGUCGGUGGUGGCUAUGAGGGCAACAUGUUCCACGACUUCACCGACGUGCUCAUCCCGCUGUUCAUCACCGCCAGCCGGUUCCGCAGCGACGUGCACCUGCUUGCCAGCGACGCCCCGUCGUGGUGGCUUGACAAGUACCGACCGCUGCUCCGGGGGCUCUCUGGCCAUGCUGUCAUUGACAUGGACAGGCAAAGCACAGAAGUGCUCUGCUACCCUCAUGUGGUCGUCGGCCUCAGCUUCCACAAGGAGAUGAGUAUCAACGACGCGAAGACUGCCGGCGGGCACUACUCCAUGGCCGCCUUUGCCCGCCUUGCCCGGAGAUCCUACGGCCUUGAGAGAGACACAGCCAUCCGUCUGUUACAUGGCAGCAGCGACAACGUCAAGAGCCCGCGACGCCCCAGGCUGCUCAUCAUUUCACGGAAGACAACCAGGGCGUUCACCAACAUGGGCACUGUCGCACAGGCGGCAGCCAUGCUUGGGUACGAGGUGAUCGUCGGCGAGGCGGAGCAGCGCUCGGACCUUUCCGCCUUGGCACGGCUGGUGAACUCGUGCGACGUGCUGGUGGGCGUUCACGGCACUGGGCUCGCCAACCUGGUGUUCCUCCCGCCAGGGGCCGUGGUGGUGCAAGUGGUGCCGCUGGGCGGGCUAGAGGCCAUGGCGGGGGAGGACUUCGGCGUACCGGCGGGCGACAUGGGGCUCGGCUACGUUCGGUACACCGUCGCCAUCGGGGAGAGCACGCUGGCGGAGCUGCACCCAAGUGACAACCCGGCGGCGGUGAGGAGCCAAGCGUCGCUGGCGCUCCGGCCGGCGUACCUGGCCGGCCAGAACGUCACGCUCAACGUCACUCGGUUCAGUGGCGCCUUGUCCCUUGCUCUGGAGCUUCUUCACCAUUAGAAGACAGACACUCACUCAACAGGGCGUAGAUUGUGGUUACAAGAUAAUUUGUCAAGUGUUUUACUUCAGUAAAAUGUCGGGUCUGGCUAAAUUUAUGGAUGAGCUGCCGGUCACACGGUCAGAAGGCAAACUAGAAGGCCAGUCUAGUGACUUAUAACUCUCUCAAUCGACUACUCUCUCUGUUUCUAAAUACAAAACAUUUUAUCCUUUUAUCCGUAUGUAGUUCAUAGUAAAAUUUCUGAAAGGUCUUAUACUGUAUUAAGGAACGGAGGGAGUAAGAAUUAGCAAUUCCAUAGGACAAAUAUAAAUUGGAACGGGACACAAAUUGGAACAA